ACCAUUUUUAUUGACCAUCAGAUGGCGAAGUAGAACGCUGUGUCAAAAGCUCAGAAGCAUCAACACAGUUUGUUGUAAAAGCCGUGUUCGGCACAUACCUAACCAGAACAAGAGGUUACACUUUUUUACUUGAAGAGGUAUGCAUAAGACUGAAGUAAAGUGUUACCGAACACAAACAGCUGAGGAACACUUGCAAAGUGAGGAAGAUACUUAAAAUUAAUUAUUGUUGAAUCAGAUGACUGGUGUUAUACUUCAGUUUAUCUGACUCGCUGUCGACUGUUGGGUCUGAGUAAUCGGAAGUCUAUAUAUCUAAUUCCAAUAUCCAAUGAUAUCACUUCCCUCAUUGGUUUAGCACCACUAAAGAAAAGUAGUCAUCAUUCUAAGGACCGCAGCUCAUCUGUGAACACAUACUGGUAGACAUAAGAACAACAGCAACAAAAAUGCAAGAGGACUUUUAUGAUAAUGCUACAUGCAAAAGUGUUACGAAUACAACCAGACCUCAAACUUACGGCAACGAUAGAAGAAAAGCUCGCAAUCACAGAAGAAGGCGAUGUUUAGUGCCGAUCACUGUGUGUCUUGGGAUCCUUUGCCUUCUUCUGAUUGCUGUCAUCACACUGCAGCACUUUCAGGCCGCUACCAAGCAAGGAUAUCUGUGGGGUCCAGAUGGCUUGUUCAUGUCCAAUGAGGAGAAGAGCUGGUCUGACAGCAGACAGUACUGCAGGGAUCGUGGAGCUGAUCUGGUCAUCAUCAACACUGAAGAGAAGCAGAGACACAUAUCUUCAUUCGUCAAGGACAAAGUGUGGAUCGGUUUGUCUGACAAAGAGAACGAGAGCAACAUGAAAUGGGUGGAUAAUUCACCCAUGAAUCGAGGGUUUUGGGCUCCAGGUGAGCCAAAUAACUAUCAGAGUAGAAGAGAGGACUGCAUUGAACUGAAUCCUUCAAAACAAAUCCUGGAGAACUGGAAUGAUCUCCUAUGCUCCGAAAAGAGAAAAGCUAUUUGUGAGAAAUAGUGUUUAUUCUGUCAGUUCAGUGUUUUGCUAAAUCAGUCUGUCAUUUGUUGGUCUGAAGCACUGAAGUGACAAUCACUGUAAACUAUAAAAUCGCCAACAACCAUUUUUACCACA